AUGUCGUCUCCAUAUGACCAGAACCUACUUGAUGCAGCUCCCACAGCAACGAGGGCACAGAGGCAGGAAGGUUACAACGUUGAUUUACUCGAUGACCGUCCUACCCGCCCCUUAUCGACACAACCGCUCACACUUCCACAACCAAUUCCUAGUGAUACAGACGUCGAAAGCAGCUCUUUGGUACAGGAAAAGGAUGUUCCUGCAGCUGCUGCUGCUACAUAUGCCUCGCAUCCCACCAAAUCUUUUUGGAAGACUCGCAAUGGCAAAAUCACCAUCUUUGUUAUUGCCAUUGUCGUUAUCGGUGCUGUAGUUGGUGGCGCCGUCGGUGGGACUGUCGGGAAAAUCAGCUCAAAUAACAACGCCCCUCAAAGUGUACCCUCGUCAAAUGAGACAUCCGCGUCAGUGACAAAUACCAACGUGGGAGUAGCACCAGACACAUCCACCCAGUCCGUGUUAAGUGGUCCAGCGACAGACACAGUGACACGCAGCCCGCCAGCAGCACCCACUACAUGA